UAUAAGACCGCUGCCGGCUGUAGCCACUUCUCCUCGCCUCGCCGCUCUCUUCGCCGUCCGGUGGUCGUGCUCCCGCCCUCGCCCCCAGCUGCCGCAGCCCCGCGCCCCCGGCCUGCUCUGGUUCAGUCUCUCUCUGUCUGUGUCCUCUAGUCCCAGCGCUGAGCUGCGCUUUCCCUGCCGGUCGCCCCCGCAGCCUAUGGCCCUGGAAGGCGCCGCUGCCGCCGCCUGUAUUUCUGCUGUAGGUUCCCACAUUCCUCUUUAAAAAUUCCGCCUAAAAAGAGAAGACGAUUUACCAAAUCUUUCGGGCCGUUAUCUCACGGCAAAAUCUCUGAUCAAGUUUACAACUAUCCAGAGGGCUUAGGAGAAGUGCUUUAUAGAGAACAGUUCGACUUCAACGCUGAGCCACCUUGGGAACCUAGCUGAUGAUAGUAGGGUUCCAUCUCCUAACUUGUCCAUUUCUUCAUCUGGGAAAUCAUUGUGUUAAACCCUAAAGAGCCUGAGGAUGUAACAGUUUACUUCAAAGAAAGCAAUCGCAUGCCUACGUAGGAGUCUCAUACCACUUGACAGCUUUUGUUUGCCCUGAAAUAUAUGACCUGGAGCAUUGUGCAGUCUUAACAUUUCAGUUUGUUGCAUAAUUUAAGGACCCGGAUAUAAGGCUUGGAAGCCCAUCCCUUGUGUUUCUUGGUUUAUGACUGUCGGCUUUGUGGAAUACGGCUGAGAUGAAAGGAUUUCUUGAGGAUGCAAAUUACUCCAUUGGUCUGUUGGAUGAAGGAGCAACUCUUGCAGAUGUUAUUGACAACUGUAUUUAUGAACAUACUCAUACUGGAAAAAGAGCAUUUUAUGUUGGUGAUCUUGGAAAGCUUAUAAAGAAAAACAUACAAUGGCAGAACGUGAUGGCACCGAUCAAACCAUUUUAUCCUGUACGAUGCAAUUCUACUCCAGGUGUACUCGAAAUUUUGGGAACUCUUGGUGUUGGAUUUGCUUGUUCCAAUAAAUCUGAAAUGGCAUUGGUACAAGAUCUGGGCAUUUCUCCUGAAAAUAUUAUAUAUACUAAUCCUUGCAAGCAAGCUUCUCAGAUAAAAUAUGCAGCGAAAGCUGGGAUAAACGUCAUGACUUGUGACAAUGACACUGAGCUGAAGAAGAUUGCACGUAACCAUCCAAAUGCCAAGCUCUUACUGCACAUUGCCACAGAAGACAUUACUGCCGAUGAGGAGAUGAACAUGAAGUUUGGCACCACCCUGAAGAACUGUAGGCACCUCAUGGAAUGUGCUAAGGAGUUGGGAGUCCAAAUAGUUGGUGUCAAAUUUCACGUUUCAGGCUCUUGCAAGGAACUGCAAACGUACAUUCAUGCUGUAUCUGAUGCUCGGUGUGUGUUUGACAUGGCUGAAGAAUUUGGCUUUAAGAUGGACAUGUUGGAUAUUGGUGGGGGCUUCACAGGCUCAGAACUUCAGCUGGAAGAGGUUAAUCACGUCAUCAGGCCAUUGCUCGAUGCCUACUUUCCUAAGGAAUCUGGUGUUAACAUGAUUGCAGAGCCUGGGUGUUACUAUGUUUCAUCUGCAUUUACACUAGCGGUUAACAUCAUUGCAAAGAAGACUGUUGAGUAUGAUAAACUUCUUCCUUCUGGAGUGGAGCAAACCAGGAAUGAUGAUGAACCAGUAUUUACGUAUUACAUAAAUGAUGGUGUCUAUGGUUCUUUUGCGAGUAAAUUGUCUGAGAAACUGAAUACCAGCCCAGAGGUUCACAAGAAAUACAAGGAAGAUGAGCCUCUGUUUGCAAGCAGCCUUUGGGGUCCAUCCUGUGAUGAGCUUGAUCAAAUUGUGGAAAACUGUCUUCUUCCUGAGCUGAGUGUUGGAGAUUGGCUGAUCUUUGACAACAUGGGUGCUGGUACCUUAGGUGAACAGUCUACCUUUAAUGACUGUCAGAGGCCACUGAUUUACUACAUGAUGUCUUUCAGCGACUGGGAUGAGAUGCACGAUGCUGGAAUUGCUUCAGACACAUUGAUGAAGAACUUCUUCUUUGUGCCUUCCUGCAUUCCGCUGAGCCCAGAAGACCGCUUUUCCACUGCAGCUUAAACAGGCAGUAACGCUUCAUUUAGACCUGCAGUUGCAAGUCUGUAGUUUGUCUGGUCAACAUUCCAGUGUGGGAGAAAUGGAACAAUCUUGAAUUCAGUUUGUUCUCUUCAAAACUUGAAAAAAAAACCAGAAAUAGCAAAUGGGGACCAGGCAAAACAAGCUACAGCUACAAUUCAUUGGGGGUGGGAGGGUUAGGUAAUGGUGUCCAAAUUCAAAAUCAAGUUCAUUCAACCCCUGAGCGUUUAAAUAUGCAACAAAAUGGAUGACUUAGUUGAGAUGGAAACCCAUCACUUGGGUUCUUCAACAGUUUACAUACAAGUACACAGUUUUUAUACUAAGGAUUCCUGUUAGAAAAGUCUUGUAAAGUUAUUGUCUUUCGCCCAGAUAUAUCAAAUGUCAGUGGGAGACCAGUGUGACUUCAUUAGAUGUUUAGUGUAUUUAGAAUGUGUAAAUUUGUGCUUUGAACUGUAGUUUAAUAAAUGUAAAAUUGCAUCAUAGUAUUUGUUGUAUUUGACCCUCGAUGGAUCCCUUGUAUGAUUGCAAUAAAACUGUGUAGAUUUUGCUGUUCUCCAGGCUAACUUUGGGAGGACCUAGGCAGAAGAGGUAGCUAUACAAUAGAUGUGCACAUGAUUGGUUUGAGAGGCCUUUUUUCUAACCCAUUACUUCAGAUUUGUAUUAAGCCAGAAAAAAAUGGAAGAUUGAUAAAACUAUAUGAAGUGAGAGUCACAGAAGUUCCUGGAAGGCUAAAAGGCAAAAUUUGUGGUGUGGGUUUUUUUUGUGACCUUGGAUUCGGUUCUAGCAGCAAAGCUGCAGUAGCAGGGAUGUGCAGGUAGGAGGUGGUCCUUAGCUGGCACACGUGGUACUCCAGGCUGCACUUGUUGCAGCCUUUAGCAAUUUUUUGGCUCAAUGGUGUUUAUUGAAGAGUCUGACUUUGUGCUUCAGUUGGUUCUGUGUAGUGCUGACCCCUUAGAGGAGAGCUAUGCUGGUCUUCAGAACACGUGAUGCCCUCUUGCACUGGGCUGGCCUUUACUGGUGGGUAUAUUUAAUCGAAGCAUACUCUGGAAGCACCUGUGGCUAUUGUGUCAAAUACCUGGGACUGCUGAAACUGCUCCAAGGAUUUCUGUAUGGUGUUACUCAAGUCUCUUGAUUUCUUCAGCAUCCUUCUCUUACUUUCCCAUUUGAACUUCCCCUACUUGAAAACUGGGGUGUGGGGAGGAGGAGGAGGGAUAUCAGGGCUUUGAAAUGGUGCAGUAAGUUUUGGAUGCUGCAGUCAAAGGCAGGGCUCUUGAAUCCUUUAGUUGGAGGUGAAGGCCUACCUUUUGUGUGUUUUACAGGAGUGCCAGCUAGUAGAAAGUCUUAAGUUUUGUCUCCAAAGCAAAGACUUCAUAAAACCUGAGGAACCUUUACUUGAAAAUAAAAAGUCUCAGUUUCGACUCAGCUUCUCAGAAGAGUUUUAACAGGCUGGCCAUAUGAGGUACAAAAUGUUUUGAAAGCUGCAGCCUGAAAUAUUUAGGACUAGAUUUAAAUGUGGAAGUAGGGAAAUAGCCGAGAGGUGGUUUGGCUUAUAUUUUAAACCCAAAGUUAGUGGCCAUCCCCAGUGAUAUGUGUUUCAGUCUGCCUGCUGAGGUCUUUCUCUAGACAAAAAAAGACUGCUGCAUGGGGUUUUUUUGCCAAACAGAAAUGGCAGUUGCUUGAGCUGAGAUAACAGGAUUCUGUUACACAAUCUUCAGGAGACUCAUGUUAGCGUUACCAGUUGGGAAAAAAAACUCCUCUAAAUGUUACAGUGGACAGAGCAGAAAUAUUCAUUGUACUGGAAGACAGUUUGCUGUUAGAAACAGCCUGGAGCUUGAACACAGUAUGCAUUUCAGUUUUAUUUGCUAUUUACUAUUUAUAUUGCAGUGGCAAUUCAGAGUUUUCCUUGACAUACAAAAGCUGUGUGGCUUCUGUCUAGUGCUUGGGACCGGGCAGGCCCCCAGCCCCUGUGGUUGCUAGGGUGAGCUUGCCCCACUUUCCCUGCCACCCACACCCAGGGUUGCCUCUGUGUACUCUCCAUGUUCCCUCUGUGCUGCAGUUCCCAGUCCUGCCUGUGGACACAUUCCCCCCACUCUGGCCUGCAGUGGAUCCUCUGCAUGCCCCUUCCCAAGGAUGAGCCAGGGCCUGAUUUUUGGGGGGAUGGGGGGAGAGGCAGGUGUCUCAGCAGCUGCACAACUGCCUCACAUUGGCUUGAAAUAAAAGUUGAGGCCCUGGAUCCACCAUUGGAUGUGUUGCCCCUUCUUCUAUGCUCUUCAUUGUUGCUUUUGGGGUAGGGGGGAGUACUUGAUGUGUUUCAUAGUAACCUUAUACAGGUUUAAACACUGCUUUUAAAAAAAUAUGAUCCAAAGCUGAAAAUAAACAGAUGCUUUGAAA